AUGGAUAAAAUGAGACAUUUGUAUGCGGCUUUUGUUGCCGUCGCAGUUUCCUGUUUGUUUCUGCAAAAUGUUGCCGCAAAAACAGGGCCAGAACACGGAAAGGUGGUAGUAUGUUACGUGGCGACAUGGGCAGUCUACAGACCCGGAUUAGGGUCCUACGCUUUAGAGGACAUCGAUUCGACCCUGUGCACUCAUUUAAUUUAUUCUUUUGCUGGUCUUAAUGCUACCACGGAUAGUCUCAAAUCUUUGGAUCCCUGGCAGGACCUGAAGGACGACUACGGCAAGGGCGGCUACGAGCGCAUCACAGCCCUCCGAGGAAGGGCGCCCCAUCUGAAGGUGUCUCUGGCUGUCGGAGGCUGGACAGAGGGCAGCGAAAAUUACUCGAAAAUGGCAGCUGAUCCUGACAGAAGGCGAAGGUUCAUACAUAGUGCUCUGGAAUUCAUCAAAAAAUACAAUUUUGAUGGUCUCGAUCUGGAUUGGGAAUUCCCCGGAAAGAGGGGCGGAGCCCCCGAAGACAAACGUAACUUUGUGCUCUUGGUUAAGGAACUGAGAGAAGAGUUCGACAAACGCGGCUACAUCCUGACGGCUGCCUUAGGAGCCUCCAGGGAAACCAUAGACUUGGCAUACGACAUCAAACAACUCAAAGGUUUAUUAGACUUCUUCCACCUCAUGUGCUACGACUACCAUGGAGCCUGGGACGGACGAGUUGGAGGCAACGCUCCAAUCAAAGGAGGUGAUCUGAGCAUCGAGACUACAGUGGAUUACCUUUUGCAAUUGGGUGCACCUCCAGAAAAACUGGUUUUGGGUAUACCGUUCUACGGUAGAACCUUCGUGGUGGAGCAACACUGGGACGCUUUAGACGGUUCUGAAGUGCCUUUGGGGUUGUCUGCAAAGAGUGCUGGUUUUAGGGGUCCUUAUACCAGGGAGGACGGAUUUAUGGGAUACAACGAGAUCUGUACAGCCCUCAACAACUCAACCGGAGGUUGGCAAAGUGGUUGGGACUCUGAAGGAUCCCAGGCAAUCGCCUGGACUAAGACAGGACCCGAAAACGAAACCCUACAUGUGGUCACUUAUGACAGCACGAGAUCCGUUGCCAAUAAAAUGAGGUUUCUGGUUCAGCGUAAGUUGGCAGGUGCAAUGAGCUGGUCGAUAGACACCGACGACUUCCACGGAAAUUGCCCAAACUCCGAAUAUGCAGAGACCUACAUGGACUACCACUACUACAGGCCAUCAGGCAAAAAUUCAGGAUCCAGAAAAUAUCCUUUAUUGAGGACCAUCAAUGAAGCUAUAACUGUAGCCCAGGAAGAACUCAGGAAGGAGGAGGAAAAUUUGAUACCAAAACAUGAUGAUGGUGACCAGGCACAACAAGUAGUGGUAAUACUUGUGCAGGAGUCGUUGGAUGUGUGAUGGUUUUGAUGAAUUUGGUGCUGAUGAUG